UGAGCUAAACUGAUGGGGCUGAAUAGAGGGGUUUGUGUAAAUGAUGCUUUUUUGUGACGUCACAAAAACAGUGAGUUCAAAACGGGCUGGUUUUGAGGCUUAGUUUUCAUCUGUGGUUUGCAGGAGUGAACGGGGAGUGACUGGCAGCUAUAUGUUGGCAUAUCACGUCAAACUCUCUCAGCUACUUAAAAAAAUCGGUUUAGCGCUAUAUUGGCCCUUUAAAGGAUUCACUAAGCUCGAGCGCUUCCCGAUGACAACAGACUCUAGUUCCUGAGUUUAAGGGCUGAAGCGCGUGGAAAUUCAGACAGAAUUCCCUCCAAACUACCCGCUAAGGAGGGAAUGCGUGCGCGCGCGCCUGCGCGCGUGUGUGGCGGCACCUACUGUAAAUGCUCCACUCCAUCUGACGGCUCGUGCGUGAGCGGCGCUGACGCUUUCCUCCGCGUGCAUCCCGCAAACAACUCGACAGCAGACGCCGAGCCCGGACGCCUCCUCGAGCCCCGGACGCCACUUUAACACGUUUCAGACCGAGGGGGGGUCGGCUCUGCACCUGUGGGCGACCCGCACGCGCUGAAGAUGGCGAGGAGAAGCGAAGUCCCGGCGGUUUAUUACGGUGAACCACGCAAGUUUGACCCAACGUUCAGAGGGCCGAUUCAUAACAGAAGCUGCACAGACGUACUGUGCUGUGUGCUGUUCAUCAUUGUCAUCUUCGGCUACGUUGCGCUGGGCACUGUGGCCUGGAUUCACGGAGACCCGAGAAAAGUGAUAUAUCCCACUGACAGCUCAGGCCAGUUCUGUGGACAGAAAGGCACAGCCAACGCAAAGAAAACCAUACUCUUCUACUUUAACAUACUGAAAUGUGCCAGCCCUGCAGUUUUAAUAAAUCUCCAGUGUCCUACUACUCAGAUGUGUGUUUCGAACUGUCCGGACCGCUUCGCCACCUACACGGACAUGCAGCUACAGUACAGGUUCAACAAAAGCCACUGGGAGUACUACAAACAGUUCUGCAAACCAGGCUUCAACAACCCCAAGAAGCCUGUAGCGCAGGUCCUGCGAGACGAGGACUGUCCAUCAAUGAUAGUGCCCAGCAGACCAUUUCUGCAGCGCUGCUUUCCAGACUUCAUCACCAGAAAUGGGACGUUAACGGUGGCCAAUAAAACUGCCUUCAAAGACGCACUGGACACGGCACGGAGUGUGACUGAACUCAGAGACGCAGCCAAUGGUAUAACAGGUAUACUAGAUGCCAAACAGUUGGGUAUGAAAGUCGUAGAGGACUACGCCAACUCUUGGUACUGGGUUGUGAUAGGGCUGAUCAUAGCGCUGGUGGUCAGUCUGAUCUUCAUCCUGCUGCUCCGCUUCACUGCUGGCUUCCUUCUCUGGUUCAUCAUCAUUGCCGUCAUUGUACUCGUAGCCUACGGAAUCUGGCACUGUUACUCGGAGUUCACAGCACUGAGAGAAACUCCUGGAGCGGACGUCACGAUCUCAGACAUCGGCUUCCAGACGGACGUCCACGUCUACCUGCAGCUCAGCCAGACCUGGCUGGUCUUCUUGGUCACUCUGGGUUUGACUGAAGCUUCUAUAGUUCUGAUGCUGAUCUUCCUGAGAAACAGAGUGCGCAUCGCCAUCGCCCUGCUGAAGGAGGGCAGCAAGGCCAUCAGCUACAUCACAUCUGCUUUAUUCUACCCGGUCAUCACCUUCCUGCUGCUGGUCAUCUGUAUCUCCUACUGGGCUGUUACGGCAGUCUUUCUGGCAUCUUCUGGUGAAGCCGUCUACAAAGUGAUGUCAGCGCAGCCCAACUGCAAAUACACCAACCUCACCUGCAGCCCAGAAACCUUCAACAGCACCAACAUCACUAAGCAGUGUCCUGGAGCUCAGUGCCUGUUUGCGUUUUACGGAGGUGAGAGCGCGUAUCAUCGCUACAUCUUCAUCCUGCAGCUCAGCAACCUGCUGGUCUUCCUCUGGCUGGUGAACUUCACCAUCGCUCUGGGACAGUGCACCAUCGCUGGAGCUUUCGCCUCCUAUUACUGGGCCAAAAGGAAACCAGCGGACAUCCCGCCCUGUCCCGUCUUCUCUUCUUUCACCCGCGCCAUACGGUAUCACACAGGGUCUCUUGCCUUUGGCUCACUGAUCUUAGCGUUUGUCCAGCUCAUCCGGAUCAUCCUUGAAUACCUGGACCACAAACUCAAAGGAGCUCACAACGUUUUUGCCCGGUUCCUGCUCUGCUGUCUGAAGUGCUGCUUCUGGUGCCUGGAGCGCUUCAUUCGCUUCAUGAACAGAAACGCCUACAUCAUGAUCGCAAUUUAUGGCAAGAACUUCUGCACGUCAGCGCGGGAAGCGUUCUAUCUGCUGAUGAGGAACGUAGUGAGGGUGGCAGUGUUGGACAAAGUUACAGACUUUCUGCUCUUCUUAGGGAAGCUCUUGGUCGCAGGAAGUGUGGGCGUCGUUGCCUUCUUUUUCUUCACACACAAGAUUCCCAUCAUUCAGGAGGAAGUUCCGGUCUUAAAUAACUACUGGGUGCCUCUGCUGACAGUUGUGUUCGGGUCCUACUUGAUUGCACACGGCUUCUUCAGCGUCUAUGCAAUGUGUGUGGAUACCCUGUUCCUUUGCUUCUCUUUGGACCUGGAGAAGAACGACGGCUCGGCGGCUCGGCCGUUUUACACAAGCAGCUCGCUGAGGAGGAUCCUGAGGAAACGCCGCAGGCCGAAGGGCAAAUAAACUGAACCAUUCACAUCAAACACUAGAGGGCGCCAGCAGUUUUUUAAAAAGCAUCCAUCAAAUCAACAAACCUGCCCGCAGCAGUUUCAGGACAUGUAUCUGAAUUUACCAUAAUAUUACCAUUUUCCAAUAUCCUACUGCAAACCUUAAACCACUUCAUUUGAGCACUGCAUUCACAGGAAAUGGAAAAACACUGAAAGCUGCUGCUGUCCUACAGGGAAUAUCGUAUUUCCACAUUUUAGCAUAAUUCAAUGGUUAAGAUAUAAAUGGAGUCAUUCAGGGUGGUUUGAUGGGAAAUUCUCCACUCUAGACAAACUUUAAGUCGUGGUUUUGGAUAGUAAAUAAAAUGGCUAUACUUUUGUAGUCAUGGCGACCCCUGGUUCCCAUCGCCGCCACAAUAAAGAGCACCUACUAUGAACCAUUUCUCAUCAAACCACUCUGAAUCACCGUUUACAUCUCAGUGACUUAAUUAUGCAGAAACCUUGAAAAAUAGAGGGAAAAAUAAUUCCCCUUUAAUUUGACUGAAUUCAACACCCUCGUUUGUCCGCCGUCAGUUUUAAAGUUAACAAUUUCCAGUCAAGACUGUCAUCACUGCUAACCUGUAAUUGGCACCUGCAAAUAACAGCUCUUGUAAUAAGUUACAGCUAAGUGAGCAUCAAUACGGCACGUUAACCAGCUGCUACAAGACCGAACAUGAACUCUGAUUAACACUCAUCUCACUAGACAAUUUGUGCUCAGCCCUCAAUAACAAUUUAAUCAUCUUUCCAUUAUGCAAGGACAUUUGU